CGGAGCGCCACGUCGGCAGCGGAGAACCAGGAGCCGUGAGCCGUGAGCCGUGAGCCGCAGAGUCCCCGAGCGGGUCGGUACCGUGCAGACGGCGGACUGCUUGAGCCCCGCCGAGCCCGGGAGCUGCGUGUUCACCGGCCGCGGAGCAGAGGGCGACCCAAGAAUGGUGAAGGUUGUGAACGGCACAGAGAUGAACCGAUCACCAUCGCAAAGCACGAAGGAGGAAAGCGUUCUGGAGCACGAACCAGAAGUUCCUGACACUUCGAAGGACCACCCUAAGACAGAAGCUGGAAUGAUCUGGAAGGUCACUGGCGGCCUCUACAACAUCACCAAGGGAGCAGUCGGCGCCACGGUCGGAGGCGUGGUGUGGCUGGGCGGGAAAGGUCUGUCGGCGACCAAGACGGCCGUGACCUCUGUGCCGGCGGCUGGUGUGGGACUGGUGAAGGGCGGCAUGUCCGCGAUGGCAGGAGGUGUCUCCACAGUGGGCUCCACUGUGGCCAGCAAGGUCCCGUUUACCACUAAGAAGAAGGACAAAUCUGACUGAAGACUGGAUUGGCAGCAGCCAUUGAAAUGGGCACCUGGCACUUGGACUCUGCCAGGUGGACCGGGGAGGGGGGUGGGGGUGGGGGAAAGGAUUUGCAACAUACCACCUUUUGGUCUGAGGGGUUGCGUUUUGGGUCUUCUGAAUCUAUCAGCUUCUCAUGCACGGGGUUUCGUUGGAUCCAGAUACGUCUGGACCGUGGCCCAAGACAGUGUGGAUCGCUAAGGGAGCUGCUGGACUUCAGUAUCCACCAGAAUGCAGGGGUGAAGCUGAAAUGUUUUGAUGGGAGGGGUAGGGGAGAGAGUUCUUUGACAGCUCCUCAUCUCCCCCAGUAAAAAUAUAAUUGCUAUCUAGGCAUUCUUGUGUGUGACUGAGGAGGCUGUCGCCAUGUGGAAGAGCGGUGACGUACUGCACCCAACCCACAUUCUGAGAGCCCACCGCAGGCGUCCUGGCAUUCUGCAGUGUUUCAGGUUUAAAUAGCUGUUUGAUCUGGACCGGCCUGAUCCUCUCGGGCUAGGCAAAUCUCAGCGAGGGAUUGGUUUUCCAAAUGACUGGCGUUUUGCUGAACAUCGUUGGUCACUUUUACUGAGAAGAUCCUGUCCUACUCUGAAAUUGGCCAGUUCUGUUCCAUUUUCAUGGCUGACCUACCCGCCAUUUUGUUUUGUUGAAUACAAGCGGGGGGGGGGGGGGAAUGGCCGACACCCUCCAUUUCACGUACUCCCUGGCUCAGCUGAAUGGCAAGUACAAAUCAAAGGAUGAAAACAGGGCAAUUCAGUUCUGAAAAGGCCCACAAGCUUGGCGGCAAGGGCACCCUGCUUGUUAUCACUGUGAAGGUCAAGAUUGGGACCCUCACCUCUUGGGGCUGAUCUUGAAGGUAGCACACAUUAAAAUGAUGGAGGAACUCAGCAGGUUGGGUAACAUCAAUGGAUGGGGAAAAGCUGUCGACCCGAGACCCUUCAACUGGACUUCCCUGUUAAAGAGUCUCGGCCCGAAACUUGGGCUAUUUGUUCCUCUCUAUAGAUGCUGCCUAACGUGUUGAGUUCUGUGUGUGUUACUCUUGAGUGCAGGGUUAGCUUUGCUAACUAACGUGGGAACAAUCUGAGCCAUUCAGCCUCUCCAAUGUGCGAGAACGGUGAACACAGACUUUGCGUUUUAUAAUGCCGAGCUUUCAUGUGGAAAGAUGAGGGAAAAAGAAUCUUUUAAACUUCUGAUGUUGUCAGGAAAGUAAGUCAACUCAUGAUUCAUAAAUGUAAAAAAUGUCCAUCUGUUGGUGUUGCCUGCUCUGGUGGGACUAUAUUUUGGAAGGUUUUUAUCAAGUGACUUCUCUUCCCAGCUGCCUGAAUCCGAUCAGUCUUUCAUUCUUGGAGCCCUUGCAGUUCCCCUGGACUCCCACCCUGCAUGUAUCCCGUCUGCAGUUUGACUAGUUUGACGGCAUCCUGAAUCCACUGACGGUGUAACGGCAAAGAACGGCCUUAGCUGUAUUUUCCCUCCCUGAUGAUCCAGGAGAUCAGUCGUUGACUGAGAUCGCCUGGGAGGUGUGUGUGUCGCACACUUAACAAUCUCACGGUUGCCCCGACACUCAGAUAUUCAUCCUGCCAUCUUCAAUGGACAGAGUGGGCUGUGCCUGGACUGAGAGCCUACGAUGAUUGCAUCACUGUUGUCUUACAGAACCAUUUCAAAUAAUGGGGUUACGUACCUCCUUGUAAUCUAGUUUCUAAUCUAAGGAGGAGUUGUCACGGAAUAAACGUAAUUGCAUGUUAUGAAAUUUGGGAUCUUUGACAAUGUUUAAUGUUCAAAUCCUUUGUUUUUAAUCUGUGAGAGAGGCAAUGGUCUUAAAUCCUCUCCACCUUGUUCACGGGACUGCUAAAGCGAAUGCACCCAUUUUAUCACAUAACCACCUCUGACCUGGGUGUGAUGCAUUGUACUACAGCGCGUGUGUGUGUGUGUGUGUGUGUGUGUGUACGUACACGUGUAUAUUGUACUACAGCGCGUGCGUGUGUGUGUGUGUACGUACACGUGUAUAUUGUACUACAGCGCGUGCGUGUGUGUGUGUGUGUGUACGUACACGUGUAUAUUGUACUACAGCGCGUGCGUGUGUGUGUGUACGUACACGUGUAUAUUGUACUACAGCGCGUGCGUGUGUGUGUGUACGUACACGUGUAUAUUGUACUACAGUGCGUGUGUGUGUGUACGUACACGUGUAUGAAUCUGGGACUCCCAACUCAACAAGCCUUUCAUCAGUGGACUGCUGCCUGCGCUGAGCCCGAAACGAGAUUAACCUGAAUAAAAAAAAAAAUGGUUUGAGAGUUUAAAGAAAAACAUAUCGUGUUCAGUUUACAGUUUUAAAAGCCUCCUGCCCUCAAAGCCCGGCAGGUAUUUUCCAACCUCAGUUACAUUUUGGUCAGCUGAGCAGGCUGGAGCUAAAGGCCUUGCCUGUUUUCGGGCUGCCCGUUCACUGCCUGUACUGAUUUAUGCUGGGUGGACGAUGGUAUCCAGAACGUCAGUUACCCUCAGAGCUGUGCCCACUCUCUGGGUGUGUUGCCAUCUCUCUACCAGCUUGCAGAAAGAGGCCACAGUGUGAUGGUGGGCAGGCUUUGUAUGUGUCCUUACAUAGAAACUCGUUUUAUCAGUAUUGUAUUUUACACCUUUCUUUGAAUAAAUCUGUUUAGCAGA